AUGGCUUCUUUUGUUGUCUUGGCUCUCUUUAAUUUGAGCCUUACUCUGCUGAUUUUAUACUCAGCUGCUGCUUGGGGACCCAUUGAUCCCACAGAAGGGUUCAUCUCCCUCCCUCUAAAUCAAUCCAAUUUUGUCAUUCCAAGGCCUUAUGAUGUGCCUGAAGACCAGAGAUACAGCUAUGUCAAUGGUGUUCACAAACUGUGGGUGUAUUCUUCUGACAAGCCUCAUUCUCUCAUCAGCCAUACUAAUCCCCGGACCGAGAUCCGAAUGCAAGGAUAUGAUUAUUCUUCGGGUGUAUGGCAAUAUGAAGCAUACGGGUACGUCCCAUGCGGGACAUCGGGUGUGUGUAUCAUGCAGGUUUUCGGGGCAAGCCCACCUCAUGCCACGACCCUGAUGCUCAGAGUCUACAAUGGCACAAUCUCCUACUACAGAGCUCCGGCACUGGCCGAUGACAUUUAUGACAGGUGGUUCAGGCUAAAUGUGAUCCAUGACGUGGAUGCUGCAAUUGUGAAGGUCUACAUUGAUGGGGUUCUCAAGUUUGAGGCACCGUGCCGUGGCGGCACCUCUCAUUACUUCAAGUGCGGGGUGUAUGCUCAGAACGACGACUCUCACAGCAUGGAGUCUCGUUGGAAGGAAAUCAAAGUUCUUAAAAAGUGCGUUUGAUUUGAUUCUGGAUCUAUCAUCCAUCUAUGUACUCCACAAAUAAAUGUUCGGUCCCUAUAAAAUGAAAUAAACGAUUUGGUUGUACCAUAAUCUCACUGU